UGGUUGUUCUGUGGCGCCAAACUUGAAAAAAGAAAAAGAAAAUGCAAUUUUUUCGACUUUCCCUCUUCCGAUUGCGAGGCGUGGGAGAGGGAGAGGAACAGCUGCUUCGUUAUAAUUUCAGUUCCCACCAUCCCAACCGAUCACUCGCCCAUUCUCAUUCUUAGUUCUCCCUUUCUUCUCUGUAUAUCGUGCUUCUCUCUCCCUCCCUCCCUCUCCGAGAGCCACCGCCACUAAAGGAGCAGAGAUGGCAGGCGGAGGAGCUGCGAAGUCGAACCCUCCAAAGGCUAGGAAGAGAGUAGAAGCCGACACUACCACCGUCCCUUCCUCUCUGGUCCGGGCUAAAGACGGCAGCGCUUUUACCAGAUGUGAUGAGUGCAAAAAGGAUGUCCCGGUGGCCCUUAUUAGCUUCCACAGCUGUAGCCUUGAUGCCAAAAUCAAGAUGAAUUUAGAGGCCCAAGUUGUUGAAAAGCCUGCAGAAGUCAAGAGGGCACCUGCUGAUAGGAAGAAAACAUCGGAGCCCAAGUCAAAGAAAGCUAAGAUUGAGAGGAAGGUGAAGAAGGGUAAAGAUCCAAACAUGCCUAAACGGCCUCCCACGGCCUUCUUUCUCUUCAUGGAUGACUUUAGGAAGGCCUACAAGGAAGAGAAUCCUGAUUCCAAGGGUGUUAAGGAGGUUGCAAAGCAGGGUGGUGAGAAAUGGAAGUCCAUGACUGAUGAAGAGAAGAAACCCUAUCUGGAUAAGGCUGCUGAGCUCAAAGCUGAGUAUGAGAAGGCUGUUGAGUCUCAUAACACUGAUAAUGCAGAGGAUGAAGGGGCAUCGGACAAGGAAGACGAUAAGGAAGAAGAUAAGGAAGCUGCAGAGAAAGAAGUCGAAGAUGAAGUGUCUGACCCGGAGUAGUUUGUUGAUUACUUAGAUUUUAGUUGGAGGAUCUUACUACUUAGGCCUCAGCCUUUUCUUGUAAAUCUUGGAUUUGAUCAGAUGCCUUCCUUUGGUCCCAGGGAAUUUACGAGAAUUCUAAGAGUUGCUUGAUAAUCAAUCAGAUUAGCUUGAUCAUUUUUUAUUUUCUA